AUGGAACAAUUUACUGGAUGCUAUGAUGUGAUUUGCAGAAAAAAAGCAAAAGAACGGUUUGAUGCAACUAUUCUUGCAUAUCAUUCAAAUAUUUUAUUUAAAUAUACAAGAUCUGCAUGGAUUAAAAAGUUAGUAUUUCAGUGGCUUGUUAAUCCAUUAGAAACAUUAGCUACAAAUUUAUCUCAAUAUCAGGAAAUUUUACAAAAACAGCUAACAACUACAACACAAAAUCAUCUUUCUUUUGAGCCAGUUAAAAAAAAUAAUAGUUUUCUUACUAUUUUACAGCCUAAUUUGAUUAGAAAAUCAUAUUUUAUUAGUCAUUAUCAAUCUUUAGUUGAUUUUCUUGAACAAACUGAUUUUUGGGAAACAAUAAAUAUUGAACUAUUUCUUCCGAAUGAACCUGUGCCAAAACAUCGAUAUAUUAAAGAAUUAGACAAAGGAUUACCAUUUAAAUUAGCACAAUAUAUACAUGAUAGUGAGCAUGCUAAAACCUAUCCAAAUCUUCAACAAGAAUUAAAUAAUAGUUUACAACCUGUAAGAGAGCUUUUAAAUAGCAUUUUUGCUCGACAAAGUUUAAAAAAUGAGCUAUUUACAACUAUAAAUGCUGCAACAACUGAAGAUAUUGAUCAUAUAUUUGAUGCAAUAUUAAAAUUGGAUAAAUCUAUGUCAAAAUCUGAUAAAGUAUGGAAUAUAGUCAAAAAUAAGCAAAAAUUAAAUAAACAAGAAAAAAAAUUAUUAGUUGCAUACUUGGAUACUAUUGAUUAUUAUUGUGGCUCAUCAUUUUGUAAUGCAGACAAUUUAUUUGGUAUUCAAAAACAAACCUCUGAAAUAGAAGCUAAUAUUGAAUUAGAAAGUGAAUCCAAAUUAGUAGCUAAUACUGAACUAGAAAGUAUAUCUGAAUUAGUAAAUAAAGCUGAAUUAGAAAGUGAAUCUGAAUCGGAAAUCAAUACUGAAUUAAGAAGUGAAUCUGAAUUAGUAAGUGAAUCUGAAUUAGUAGCUGAUGCUGAAUUAGAAAGUGAAUCCGAAUUAGUAAUUACAGAAUCAAAGUUAAAAAGUAAAAAACAUGCUAUUAGUGAAAUUGAAUCAAGUAAUAGUGAAUAUAGUGACAAUAAUGCUAAUUUUUUAUUGAACCAAAGUGAGAUAAAUAAUUUUCAGUAUUCAGAUUCAGAAACUUGGGAAAUUUUAUUUUACCAAAGUAAUGAUAUUGAUAAUGAAUUGGUGGAUGAUAAAGAUAGAGAUUAUUAUGAUGAAUUAUUAAGCAAUAAGAAUGAUGAUAACUUUAAUAAAUCUGAUGAAAGCAAUAAAUUAAUGGAUAAUAAAGAAAGCAAUUAUGAUAAUGAAUUGAUGGAUGAUAAAGAUAAAGAUUAUUCUGAUGAAUUAUUAAGCAAUGAGAAUGAUGAUAACUCUAAUAAAUCUGAUGAAAGCAAUAAAUUAAUGGAUAAUGAAGAAUGCGGUUAUGAUUCUGAAACUAGAAGUUUAUCAA